CACACACACACACACACACACACACACGCAAACACACACACUCACACUCACACACACACACAUACACACACAUACACAGUGAUUUAUUUUUUCACAAAGAUACAAAUAUAUAACACAUCCUCACAUAUACACGCAGGACACGCAUACACACACACAUACACACUAGUCAGUGGCUACAUUUUUACCUAUAUAUACAUACAUACACACAAACACACACAUAUACAUUCAUACAUGAUACAAAUUUAUGAGUCAAGUUACGGAAAAAUAAUGAUAGAUCCAUAAUGAAACGGGAAGAAAAGACCUGUGGGUCCUUUUCACUUCCCAAUGAAAAAAUAAAGCCUAAAGUUACAACAUACAAACAUAUACAAAUAUAUAUAUAUAUACACCUACAUAUAUAUAUAUAUAUGUGAAAAAAUAAUAAAUCAGAAACUAUGGAUAAAUACGAUAAGAUAGCUAAAAUUGGAGAAGGCUCAUAUGGAGUUGUGUAUAAAUGUCGUAAUAAAGAUACGGGGCAGUUGGUGGCCAUCAAAAAGUUUGUCGAAUCCGAGGAUGAUUAUUUGAUAAAGAAAAUUGCUAUGCGAGAAAUACGAAUGUUAAAGCAACUGAAGCACCAAAAUUUAGUCAACCUUAUUGAAGUUUUCCGAAGGAAGAAACGUCUGCAUUUAGUAUUUGAAUAUGUUGAUCACACAGUGCUGAAUGAGUUGGAGAAAAAUCCCCAUGGAGUAGCUGAAAACCAAGUGAAGAAAAUCAUUUACCAAACAUUAAAAGCUGUAAAUUUCUGUCAUCAACAUAAGUGCAUCCACCGAGAUGUGAAACCAGAAAAUAUAUUGGUCAACAAACAAGGACAUGUGAAACUGUGUGACUUUGGAUUUGCCAGAGUUCUUAGUCCUGGAGAUGAAUAUACUGACUAUGUAGCAACCCGAUGGUACCGUGGACCAGAACUUUUGGUUGGUGACACACAAUAUGGACCUCCAGUCGAUGUUUGGGCCAUUGGUUGUGUUUUUGCUGAACUUCUGACUGGACAAGCUCUUUGGCCAGGAUUUUCAGAUGUUGACCAGUUGUACCUGAUUAAGAAAACUUUAGGUAAUCCUCACGUUUCUCUCCCUCGUGUUGUUUAG